AUGUGCUUUUACCAAAAAUGGUACCGCUACAUGAGCUUGAUACAAAAUUCGCACGUUUAUACGGUCGGGGACAUAUUUGUCAGAGACUUUCACAUAUGGCCACAUCACUUGGACUUUCACCUUGGUACGUCUAAACUGGAUAAGAGUUUGUUUUUUAUGCCCGGGAAUGACGACUGGAAACGCCAGCGAUCUAUACUGUCGCCGGUGUUCACGUCGGGUAAACUGCGGGCAAUGAUGGCUCACAUAUCGGACAUUUCCGACAGAUUUAUACAAAGUGAAGCCAUAGACAUACGCCAACACGUGGGCGCGUUCGCCAUGGAUGUGAUCUCCAGGUGCGGGUACGGC